AUGUUCUCCGGGUUCAAGGAUGGCCCAGCCGCUGCCCUCGAACCAUCCCAUCGCUAUGAUGAUCAGGCCUGGGCUCGGCCCCCCAAGCCCCCCACUUUCAGGGAGUUCCUGUCCCAGCACAAAGCGGAGGUCAGCCGCAGGAGGAAGAAGGGUAGCCGAUCCCAGACCAAGGCAGCCCCUCGUGCCUACAGUGACCAUGACGACCGCUGGGAGACGAAGGAGGCAGCAUCCCCAGCCCCUGAGGCCCCACAGCCCCCUCCACCCGAGGAGACGCCCGUGCAGCCGCUGGAGACCCCAGCUCCUCCUGCCCACCGGCCUCCUGAGGAUGACGGGGAGGAGGACGAGGGGGAGGAUGAGGAGUGGGAAGAUGUGAGUGAGGAGGAGGAGGAGAUCGAGGAGGAGGAGGAGGAGGGGGAGGAGGAGGAAGAGGCCAUCGAGGAGGAAGAAGAACCAGCCCAAGACCACCAACCCCGAGAGGCUGCGCCCACCGGAAGCCCCACCGGUGAGCAGGCUGACAAAGAGCCUUCCAGGCCAGAGGAGCCCCUGCCACUUCCCCCGGCCCCUGCCACGCCUUCUAGCCCCUUCUCGCCCCUUGGGGGCCACCAGCCCGUGUCUGACUGGGGCGAAGAGGCGGAGCUGAAUACUUCCCCCAACGCUGAUGCCCUCUCCCUCUCUCCGGGUGAGGCCUGGCCAUUUGGAAAUGCAUGA